AUGUCGUCGGAUCCGCCUUUGCCACCGCCGAGCAGUCCUGUGACGCCCGCCUUGGGCGCGCUCGCGCUUGCACCUGAGCAGCAGCGAGACCAGCCACCUGCUGGAGAGUCACAAUCUUCGGUCCCACCGGAACCUCAGUCUUCGUCUCGAUCUUCGAUGCAACCUCCUGGAGAGACACCCGCUCCGGUCGCCUUGAAGAACGUGCGCCCCGCGCCAGAGGACGUGCAGACCGCAACAGAGGUCCCGAUGGACGAAGAAGCAGAGGUCCCUAUGGACGACGGAACAGAGGUGCCCAUGGACGAUGGCUCAGAAGACGACGGGAUUAGGCGAGACGCCGACGGCCUGCAACUCGAGCCCGACUGCGUCAGCCAGAUCAUUGGCGUCGAGGAGGAUUGGGGGCUGGUGACGGAGUGCGAGCAGUGCAACCUAUUGUUCGCAGAAGGCCAGAUCGACGCGCCAUCGCGCUUCCAGAAUCCGACCUACGAGGAGCUGUUGGAGCACUGCAAAACACAACAUAAUUUCGUCUGGGACGAUGUUCGUGCGGGGAAAUUCUGA